CUCUGAAAAGGAGAGAAGACUAUUGAGUUCCAUAAGCAUGAUUUGUUAGGUCUGAAUCUAAACACUCUAAAGGCAAAUGCUUUUUUUUUCCACCAAGGGUUGUGUUUGUAAGAGGUGCCCGCCCGAUAUCUGCGAUGCAAAAUGAGGAAGCCUUAUGAAGAAAUCAUCCUUGUAAAGCCAUUGGUUCUGGUCAUCAGCCUCUAUCCAAUGCUUUCGUGAUGAUGCUGCUGAUCUAUUUGGGAAGUUGGCUGGCUCUCAAAGCAGAGUCUCUUCUCAAAGGCUGUUUCACAGCGAAAAUAUGCUCAGUGCAGCCGGGCGCAUGAAUGAAAGAGCUGCCGUUUGCUUCUAGUCUGGCAAAAUGCAGCAGAGAACUCAGCUCACCUUGUCCUUUUUGCUGUCCCAGGUGUUGCUGCUCACAUUUGCAGAGGAUUUGGAAUGCACCCCUGGAUUUCAGCAAAAGAUAUUUCGUAUUGAACAGCCAGCUGAAUUCAUUGAGGACCAAUUGAUUCUAAACUUGACAUUCAAUGACUGUAAAGGGAAUGAAAAGCUGAGAUUUGAUGUCUCCAGUCCCUACUUCAAGGUGAAGCCUGAUGGGGCUUUAGUUGCACUGAAAAACAUAUCAGAGGUUGGCCCAGCUUUAUUUAUCCAUGGGCGGUCAUCUGAUGCAGAAGACAUGGCAGAAGUUAUGAUUGCUGGUGGCAAAGAUAGCCAUGCCUCCUUAAAGGAAAUCUUUACAUAUGCUAAGACUUCUGCAAUCCCAAGGCAAAAACGAUCCAUUGUGGUAUCUUCCAUCUUAAUUCCUGAAAAUCAGAGACAGCCUUUUCCCAGGGAUGUUGGCAAGGUUGUGGAUAAUGACCGACCAGAAGGAUCCAAAUUCAAACUUUCUGGAAAAGGUGUGGAUCAAGACCCCAAAGGCAUUUUCAGGAUCAAUGAAAAUACAGGGAGUGUCUCAGUAAUGAGGACCUUGGAUAGAGAAACAAUGGCUACUUAUCAGCUGUUUGUGGAGACUACUGAUGUCAGCGGCAAAACCAUUGAGGGACCUGUCUCUCUGGAUAUCAUCGUGAUUGAUCAGAAUGACAACAGACCCAUUUUUAAGGAAGGACCAUACAUCGGUCAUGUCAUGGAAGGGUCUCCUACUGGAACCACCGUGAUGCGUAUGACAGCCUUUGAUGCUGAUGACCCUUCCACAGACAAUGCCCUCCUGCGAUACAACAUCCUGCAGCAGACUCCUGACAAGCCAUCUCCCAACAUGUUCUAUAUUGAUCCUGAGAAAGGAGACAUCGUCACUGUAGUCUCACCAGCCCUGUUGGACCGGGAGACUCUGGAAAACCCUAAAUAUGAACUGAUCAUUGAAGCUCAGGACAUGGCCGGUUUGGAUGUUGGUUUAACUGGGACAGCAACAGCUACCAUCCUGAUUGAUGACAAAAAUGAUCACUCACCAAAGUUCACCAAGAAAGAGUUUCAUGCCACUGUCAAUGAAGGAGUUGUGGGAGUGAUUGUCAAUUUAACAGUCGAAGAUAAGGAUGACCCUACUACUGCAGCCUGGAGAGCAGUCUACACUAUCAUCAAUGGAAAUCCAGGGCAAAGUUUUGAAAUACAUACGAAUCCCCAAACCAACGAGGGAAUGCUUUCUGUUGUCAAACCUUUGGAUUAUGAGAUUUCAGCAUUUCACACACUACUGAUCAAAGUAGAAAAUGAAGACCCAUUGGUUCCUGAUGUAGCAUAUGGCCCCAGCUCUACAGCCACAGUCCAGAUAACUGUCUCGGAUGUAAAUGAAGGCCCAGUUUUCCACCCUGACCCCAUGACAGUGACCAAGCGUGAGAACAUCACUAUUGGCAGCAUGCUGUUGACAGUAAAUGCCACAGAUCCUGAUUCCUUGCAGCAUCAGACCAUUAGGUACUCUAUUUAUAAAGAUCCAGCAGGAUGGCUAUACAUCAACCCAAUAAAUGGGACAAUUGAUACAGCAGCUGUCUUGGACCGUGAAUCUCCAUUUGUCCACAAUAAUAUAUACACUGCACUUUUCCUUGCAAUAGACAGUGGUGAUCCUCCUGCAACUGGCACUGGAACUCUACAGAUAAAACUGGAAGAUGUGAAUGACAAUGCUCCUCUUAUUUACCCCACACUUGCCAAAGUCUGUGAUGAUGCCAAAGAUCUCAAUGUGGUCAUUCUGGGUGCAUCAGAUAAGGAUCUCCACCCAAAUACUGAUCCAUUCAAAUUUGAAUUGAAUAAACAAACUGGGUCUGAUAAAUUCUGGAAAAUUUCUAAAAUCAAUGACACUCAUGCCCAGGUAAGCCUUCUUCAGAACCUGAAGAAAGCCAACUACAACCUACCUGUCAUGGUAACAGACUCGGGCACGCCACCUUUGUCAAACACCACAGAACUAAGAGUGCAAGUUUGUUCCUGUAAGAAAUCUAAAAUGGACUGCAGCUCAGCUGGGAUCCCGCAUAUCAGAACCACCUUAGUUCUGCUUCUUUCAUUCUUCAGCUUAGUAUGGCUGUAAGAAAUCCUGACAUUUGAAGCUCUACUCCCAAGUUGCCAUAGCAACGGGAAAAAAAGAAAAAGAAAAAAAAUCGAUCUGAAGACUGACGUUUACGGUCACUGUACUUCUCAACUAGGCCUCGAUUGCUCCAGAUUUCAGUUUUGUCUGCUACUUCACUUAAUUUCUCAAACUCUGCUCCAGUGUCUGACAGCUCCUGCCUUCCUUUGUAAUCGAUGGAAUCCUCUUGCAAGUCCUGAUGGCCACGCAGUUACCCCGAGCGCCGAACGGUCAUGAUCAUGGCAUCUCACUUGACCUGGGAAUGGAAGAAAAAAAAUAUUCAAGGAUGACUACUUGUUUUUGAUAUCUGUUGACAUGUUGCUAUUCAGCUGUUCAAAAUGCUUUGUCUGUGGGUUGGUAUUUGUAUAUGUAUGAGUAUACGUAUGUAUAUAUAUAUACACACACACACUGUAUUUAUAUAGAGAGGCUAUACACCAUAGGUUAGUUUUGCUAUGUUGUUCAUGCUGGCAGAUCAAAUGAUAGAGGGCCAGAGUAGCCCAGCCAUUGAGGACGAGCUCUGAGCUAAAGCAGCUGCCAGCACCUGAGGGUGCUCAACUUCUAGAUACCCACUAAAGCCCUGAGGUGCUCCAUACUUGUCGCUGGGACUCCAAGACCCAGUGGCUGCAGAGCUGGCUUAUCUACCCUGAUGUUUCUCCUCCAGCAUGGGCCUUAGCCCCAAAGACAAACGUUCUCUAGUGCCUGGUAAGAAAUGAGCAGGCAGGUCUGUCCAAAGGGAGUCUGCAGCGGAAUCAGGCAGGGAAGUCCUUCUCCUAAGUCUCAGGGGGUUCUAGAACUCUCCAGACCAAUUUCCAUCAGUAUGAUAGUCCAUGAUUCUGGGGAAGUUAUCAGGAACGGAGUAGGGGAAAUAACAAUCCUGUACCAAGCAAAGGGCUGACACUGCUCUACAUGGGCACCAACCCCGCGUGUCCAUGCGCCUUGAAUAUCUGGGUGUCACUGGAGCUUUCAGAGACAUGGGUCAUCCAAGAGAUGCUACUGUUUCUCCUUGGUAUGUGAUAAAUCCACCAUGGCUAGGUGGGGAGGUAAUGGGCAUAUUGAGGAAUACAAGCAGCACUGUAUUUUAUAAAUCUAGAAACACAUAUACAUAUAUACAUGCACACAAGUUUGUUUUAACUAUACAAAUACAUAUACAUAUACAAUACAAGAAGUCUUGUAAGUAACUUUUUUUUUCCUUCUGGUGAAUCAACCACCAUGAUUUGCAAACCUGAUAGAAAAGGGUGUUCAUCAUGUAUGAAGAGGAAUUGAUUUUCAUUAAGUGAGCAUGUAAAGGUUACGAGGAAGCUACUGCUUGCCCUGAAACCUCCAUCUUGUGAAUAAAAACUGUACAUGAACCAUCAAAGCUCACACCAAAUUUUUAUAUAAAAACAAAAGUAGUGACAGAUUGUAGCUUUUCCUAGAGCUUGCCAGUAACUAGGUAAGGAAAGUGUCUUAGCAUAUUUUACUGCAGUUGCUUACUAAAGGGUUUAACCACAGAAAACAGAACAAAAAAAAAUGCUUUCUUAUGCAAUAGGUGUUGGCAUCUGCAUCCUUUAGUCAGAAUUUUCUAGUGAUUAGGGGUCACAUAUUGUCUUUCUUGCUGUGAAGUUAUAAAACUAGUGCUCCAUACACUGUAUUUGUUUCAAUAGUAAAUCUUUUGGACGCAUACAUAAUACAAAGCGUUUUUUUUUUCCUCCAUUAAAUAAAUGGGUAUUGGUGGUUAACACUACUGAACAACAGCUUUUCUCUAUUUUCUGGCAUCGUAUAUACACUUUCACAGAUCCUUUGUCUCUUUGGUGGCACAACGUAUCAUUGAUGCGAGGCUUUGGCUUGUCACAAAUAUUCCUUUACUGGAGCCCUCAGAAUAAUCGGUGCUUCGACAUGAGGCGUACGGACGAAGCAACGGUUAGGUCUGGAAAGUCAUACACUCACAGCACGGUCCCUCAACAAGUUUUGACUCUCUUAAAACCACUUUGGAUUAUCUCCCACUUAGAUAAGAAGAGAGAGGACAGAAUCAAAUGGAAUGUGAUGUCCCUUCUGGUAGACUGCCUUGAGUACCUGCCCAAAGCCCCGGGAAGCAUGACAAUCUUUCUUAAAUAGUGGCUGUCAUUUCAUGUGAAUUACAACAUGAUCCUGUGCUUGGAGGAAAGAGAUGGCCCUCUAUUCUUCCAGCUCAGAACCCUGCCAAUUGCUUAGCAAUGGUUUGUUUUGUUUUGUUUUUCCUCCUGUAUUCACAGACUCACUAAGCUGAUGUAAUUUUGUACUGGAAGGCUCCUGGAGAUCAAGGAAAAGAAUUUCCCACUGCACAUGCCCAUGGACCCAAAGAAGCUUUUCUGAGUUGGGUUUGCCACAGUCUGACUUCCAGUAUUUAAUGAGAGCCUGAUGCUGGCCAUAUUUAAAAAUAACCCACUUCAGACACACCUCUGAUCCCUUCCCUUACACAAAAUUAGUAGGUUUAGAAAUAAGGAGGAUGAGGUUUAGAGAUACACAGAUAGAACUUGAACCCAGGUUUCUCACUCAAAAAUUAUUCUGUUGCACCAUACACAUUACAACUCCCUCAAAUCUAAGUAAAUUGGCACCAUAGACUGCAGUGGUCUAUCUGAACGGGGGAAGUCAUGGCAAACUCUUCUAUUUUACCAUCUGGAUAGUUGUUAUUUGCUUUUAAGUUUAUGGGUUUCUUAGGAACUUCUCAGAAAAUGUAACAGCUUAGUUUAGUGGAAAACACAUUACAAGGGAUAAAAUGAAUCAGAAUUUCUGUAAUAAUGAGAGAGGGCCAGAGGGACUGGGUCUUAGUGUUCCAUCUCAUUGAAGGGCCUCAUGAUUUAGGUCAUUACCUUCCUACAUAAACUUGCCACCUAUUCCCUCCUAGAUACCCACAUAUAUCUACUUCUUACUAACAGCAUAUAUAUCUCCCUAAGAUUUUACUCCUUUUAUCCUUUAAAGGAAACUAUGGCUAGAAUAGUUAAAUGAAUGUCCUAAAUUUCAAAAAUUUCAAGCAUUUUAAAGGAUGUGUAUAUGAUUCAGAGAACACUAAAAAGCAAGAGGAAGGUCAGUUAAAAACUGAGUCAUCUUUUUAUUUCAGGGUUAUGUUGACAAAAUUAACAGGAGACUCUAAGGUGCUUUGUACCUAAAAUUGGUGAAAUUUCCCCCCCUAAAAACCCAAAUUAAAGAAAAAAGUGUGAAGUUUUACUUGAAUUGCACUUUGUUAGUGUAAAUUGGGAACUUAAACAAAGGUUAAUUUUCUUCACCUCAUGUUUAAAAUAAUCUUAGUGAUAAAAUGCAAAAUUCAGUAUUGUAUAAAUUCUAUAUUUUUCUCAGCAUGACAAUCCCUACCACUAACACAGCUUGCAGUCUCCACUCCCCUUGCUUCUGAAGGUGUAUUUUUGUGAAUAUUUGAGAGCAGAAACAUUAAUCACCAAAUGUUGACCUCUUUGGUAUUGGGUUUCUGGUCCCUUAAACAAUUUGAUCCUCACUCUGAAAAUACAAGAGGUCACCGAAAUCCUCAAGUUGGAAAAUCUUGCCAGAGAUUGUAUUCCCCUGACAUGAUCUUGAGAAACGUGGGACUACUUCCAUAUAAUGGGUUAUCAUGAUAUAACCUAGAUUAUUAGAUGUUUUCGGUCAGAUAUAUAUUUCAUACAACACAUAAAGAAUUAUUUGCAUUUUGAUAAACAUACCAGUGCUCUUCUAAAGGAUAUCAAAUUGUGCAGAUGAUUAAGGUUUUUUAUCAGUCUCAAAAUUCAAAUACAAAUAUUCCACGUUAUGUGUCUUCUAAUUGUCCAAUAAGGUUUAUAUUCAAAGAAAAAAAUUUAGCUCAAAAGGAUUCUAAAAGAUCAUAUAUACCAAGUCAUUUCUUCUUCUUUUUUUUAGAAUUUACAAAACGUUAUCUUCUAGUCUUCAUUUGACAAUCUUCAAUAAUGGGAGAAAUCACUGCCUUCUGGGGCAACCCAUUCUGCUUUUUAACAACUCAAUACACCAUCCAAACUAAUCUCUGAAACAAUUACUCCUGCCUUUUAGUUCCAUCCACUGGGGGAAGGCAAAAUGACUGACUAUAGUCCCUUUUCAGCUUUAGAGACCUUCAGACACUUAAAGAUAGGUCUCAUAUGCCAUACUUCCCACUAGAAAUUCUCUCUUCUACAAAAUAAAUAUUACUAUCUAUAUCUGUAUAUACUCUGAGUUGUCAAUUUCCCUUCUAAAAAUGAGGAAUCGCAGAAUGGAAAACAAUAUUACAGAUUUGGUCUAAUUUGGGUCAAGUACAAUGGGAGCAUCACUUCCCUUGUUCAGGAAACUAUGUGUCUAUUUAUGUAUCCAAAGAAGGCAUUUGCUCUUUGGCUCCUGCAUUCUAUGCUCCAUUUAUAUUGAAUUGGUAACUUCCAGAUGAAAGCUACUUUGAAAGCUUCCAGAUCUUUUUUUCACAUGAGCUGGUACCUACAAAUCCUGUACUUGGUUGUUGAUUUUUAAAAAUCUAUGUGUAGGUCUUCACAGUUAUCUCUAAUACAUUUCAUCUCUUUAGAAUAUACCCAUUGUUCUAGCCCACAGAAACUAUUUAGGUUCCUCAUCCUGUCUUCCAGUGUGUCAGCUAUCCCUUCAAGCUUCACGCUACCUGCAAUUUGAUAAGAAUAUCCAUCUAUACUUAGUGGAAUGAUUCAAAGAAACAUAAAUUUUUGAGAUCUUUAAUAUCAGUUCUCAAAAACAUCAUGUAUACUCUAAGCUAUCAUUUAAUAAAAAUCUCUCACAAAAGACAUGAAAAAAUUGAAGUCUAUUUCAGUAAAAUAAAAUCUGCGUGAAUUUCAAUUAUAAUAACUGAAAGGCACUAGAGAAGGCUGAAUUCGAUGCUGUGGCUUAGGUUGUGAUAUAUAUUCCUGUACCAACUGAAUCUUAAGAUGUGAUGUAUAAUAUACUGUCUCCCACCCCCAUGCUCAAGAAUGAGAUGUGUUAGGGAUCAAAAUAAAGAUCUAAACCUGUCUUAGAAGGCCCCAGAAUGAUAUUCCAUGAUGGGAGAAGAGAUUUAAUUCUUUUCCCCUGAAUCUAAUCAGGACAGAGAAGCAUUCUUGAUAAUUCACAAUAGAAACACACUUUCAACCCUCAGAUACUAAAUGUAACUCCCUCAAAUUUGAUGAAAUUAAUCAGAUUCACGUUGUGUCCAUUUCACUGGUUGUCAUUUAGACAAAUCUCUAAUUUAGGCACAAUCUCCAGGCUUUGAAUUUCCAUUGUUGAAAAUCCAUAAAUUUAACCUCAUACUUCCAUCAUCAUAUGUUUUACAUAUGAACCUUAAAAAAUAAAUCAGUGAGCUUCUUUCCCUUUCAGGUAUUCUUAUCUUUCCAUCUCACCAAAUGUGCAUGUGUGCUGCUGAGUCAACACAUACAAGUUAAUUAAUAAUAAUUAAUAAUGUUGUUGUUGUUCCAGGUGGCUAACUUCUUUCUCUUCUAAGAGGCCUAGCCAUAGGGAAUGAGAAAGUCUCUGGGAAGGAAUCAGUGAGCUCUUGUCCCAAUAAUAAAGCAGUAUGAAUGAUGAUCUUCUACUACAUGACAUUCCUAUCAGACCACAACCAAAACCAAGCACAACUCCCCUCUCCCUCCCCCCCUUCUCUCUCUCUCUCUCUCUCUCUCUCUCUCUCUCUCUCUCUCUCUCUCUCUCUCUCUAUCUCUCUCUCUCUCUCUCUCUCUCUCUUUCUCUCUCUCUGUCUCCCUCUCUCUCUCUCUCCCUCCCUCUUUCUCUGUCUCUCUCCCUCUCUCUCUCUCCCUCCCUCUUUCUCUGUCUCUCUCCCUCUCUCUCUCUCCCUCCCUCUUUCUCUGUCUCUGUCUCUGUCUCUGUCUCUGUCUCUGUCUCUGUCUCUCUCUCUCUCUCUCUCUCUCUCUGUCUCUCUCUCUAUUUCUCUCUCUCUCUCUCUCUCUCUCCCUACCUCUCUCUCUCUCACACACACACACACAUACACAGAAAGUCACACAUACACACAAAUUGAUGAAAUACUGACUGUUUUGGUCCAUAGGUGCUAUCGCCCAAACCUUACUGCCUGAUGCUGUACAUUUUCAAUCUACCAGCAUCAUACUGAAAGCUUUAUGACCCAAAAGCUAGUUUGGAGAGAUGAAUUCAUGAGGAUAAGAAAUGGUGGCCUUGAAGCUUCCUCAACAACUAGAGUACCAGAUGACUGAGCUUAUUUUUUUCAUGUUUAACUAGUGAGAAGAACAACCCCUGAAAGGUAUUGAGCAUAGUCUACUCAAUGAGUUUGAGAAUGAUUUUUAAUUAAUAUAAUUAUAUGUGGCAUGAGGAAUGUAUUUCAUUUAAUGAACAAUGCCUAAAUGAUACAAGCAAGAAUAGAAGAGGGAAGUGCCCCUCUCCUAUUGACCUUAAACACUUCAGUAUUGGAGGUACCCCCAACAAUUUGUUAAUCCCUCGUAUUAUUGUCCCAAUCUCCUAGGCUAACUCCUAUGGUUUCUAUAUUCAUUGUUAUUCAGUCACUAAAUUAUUUCUUUAAUAAGUCAUUAGAGUCAGUGUAAGGCAAGUACAACACCAUUACUGUAUGAAAUUGGUACCAUUAUUGCCAUUCCAAUUGCUUAGCUAAUAAUUGCCUAGCUUAUAAAUGAUAAAUAUUUGGGAGAAGAUCUUAGCCACCAGUUGAGGGUUGGUCUCUCUGGGGAGCACAGAGUAGUCACAGACAUAGAAAGAAAUGAUAGGAAAGAUUGCAUGGGUCAGGAUUCAUAAGCAAUUAUAAUUCCAUGAAUUAACAUAAGAUGACUGUCGCCCCACUGAACCAGAGAUGGGAAUUAUAUCCUUGUCUAAAGUAGCCACCGAAACAUGAACAAUUCAUCUUUGGAGUGUUUGGCUUUUUCCAUAACUACCUUAUUCUCUGUGGACUUAGGCAUGUGAAUGUUGGAAACUUGGCCACCUUGGGAGUCAUUUUGUUCAAUGUUUCCAAACCUCACUUGAUUAGCACCGAUAAAUCAGGAUAUGAUGGCUCUUAAGGAAAUAUUGUUAUAGUUUUGUGUGGGAAAAUGGCUUGUAAAAGGGUUUUAAGCAUGACCUACAAGCUCUGUUCUCCCUCUGCUUUUACUUGGGGAAAAUGUUUUCUAUUUUGGAGACUAAUGACAAAUCUAAAUUUGCAACAUAAAUUGCUUUAUUGUAAAAUAAUAUGUGCUAUACUGUGUGUGUGUGCUUGUGUUUAUUGGAAUUUGGAUUAUUAAGGAAAAUAAGUGAGAGAGAACCUGUGUUAGUGAAAGAAACCAAAACAGGCUGUGGGAGUCAGGAUCAACAUUUCCAUGGAAUGUGAGUAUCCCUGAUCACUUAUUUCCUUUUCCUCCCCUCAACAAUAAAUUCUUCUCUUAUCAAAAA